AUGGAGGGCCCCCCUUCUGCCCGGGGAUUUCGACCAUGGGUUUGGGAGAAGCCGGGUUCGGUUAUGAACUUUGAGAGCAUCUCGGAGGAACCUGGAUCAUCUUCUACAACACGUCCCCCAACGAGCCGGACUCGAGGCUUCACCUCUUCUUCAGGCCGGCAAACUGUCCGAUGGCCCUUUCACAGCUUCACCAACUCACGAUCUUCCAUCCCCACCUAUGGACGACGACAAUCCAACUCACGAUCUAUCCCGCAUAGCUCGGGUUCUUUCCCUCGCCGUGCUGCCGGCAGCAUCAGCCGUUCCGUCUCGACUGUGCUGGGCAGCGACAUCAUCCCCGACUAUGUCGUCCACUUUAUCCGCGGAGAGACACCCGAGUCUCUAGCCCGGAAGCACCGCAUCCCAGAGAGCCCAGAGCCGGGUCAGUUCCCUCGCGCUCGUGACUCACGAACUGAUGGAGACUUUAUCGCUUCGGCUUCGGCUUCACCAAACAACUCGAGACCAAGUACGCCCACGGCUGAGCGGGAAAAGAUGCUCCAGGAGGAACGACCACAGGCUCCGCGAUCACUGAUGGCUGGAUGGAGGGGAGGUGUCGCUGCAAAUGUUCUUCUGGCCCUUCUCAUUCUCGUUGCUUCCAUUAUCUGUCUCGCCCUUGCAGCUGCCAAGGGACAUAUCUCGAUCAACGUUUCGUCUCUGAUGGAGGGAAAGUCGAACCAGGUGGAGGGUAUCAGUCGAGGGGUUCUCGCAGUUGUGAACAUCUUUGGCAUUAUCCUCAUCGCCGGGGCCAACUACGUCUUCCAGAUUCUCAGCAGCCCAACUCGCGCCGAGGUGGACAACGCUCACGAACAGCGCAAGUGGCUCGAUAUCGGCAUCCCAUCUGUGCGAAACCUGUCUCUGAUCUCACCCACACGAGCUACACUCUCCGCAGUCAUUCUCGUGCUCGCCGUUAUCUCUCAAGUAAUCUAUAAUGGCCUAAUCAUCACAUCUCAUACGGCACCCGUUACCGAUCUUCGCCUCGUUUCGAAAUCGUUUAUCGCCAACCAGGACGCCAAGACUCUUUCGCUUCUCACUCGAGUUGAGACGGAUGAGUGCAUUUCGGUGUUCGACAACGCGUUCCAGACUGACUACCGCUCUGGCCUUGUCGUGACAAAGUCCGACUCUUCCAAAAUUAACACCGCUAAGGGAGACCUACUUUCGGACUUGCUCGACGAAAACAACAGCUCCAAGGAUUCGAUCGAUUACUGCCUCGCUGAACCUUACCAGGGAGAAUCCGAAGCUUCGCUCAAUGUCAACGGACCCCUCCUCGGAGCCAUCACCCUCGUCAACCUUGUUAUCGUCCUCGCUCUGGUUAUCUCUCUCGCCUUGGCUCUCACUCAACGAUCGUUCAACCCUCUUGUCACACUUGGCGACGCCCUUGCUUCGUUCCUCGCCGACCCGGAUCCCACCACGCAGGAUUCAUGCCUCAUCACCAAGGCUGAGAUCAAGAAGGGCAUUUGGGGUGAGCGUGAGGCCAAGUACUGGUUCACGGAGUCGAGCCGGUGGUAUCAUGUGCCCUCGUUCUCGCGAUGGGCGGUCUGGGCCUCGGCCUGGUUCGUUCCCUUUGCUCUGGCUGUGGCGGCACUGGUGCUGGGUGCUCUUGCAGGGCCCAAGAACCCCUUCUCGUCAUUCGGCAAUGCCACGGUGGUAUACAAGUUGCCUGAGGGAUCAUCACGAGCUGGCCUGGCAAUUAUUGCUGCGCUGCCUCAGCUUCUCCUGGGUGUCCUGUACGUCUCGACCAACGCGCUGGUGACGCUCCUGUUCCUCUCGCACGAGUUCUCUCAGUACUCGCUCGGCUCUCUCCUCCCGUUCCGUGUGUCUUCGGGUCAGCCCAUCGGAGCACAGACGACCUCACUAUACCUUACCCUACCCCGACCCGUGUCAUGGCUACUCUUCUUCAUGGUGACAGCUAUGGCGUUUCUCCUGAGCCAAGGUGUGUUCCUCGUGUCACUCGACCACAGCGAGGGUUCUAUGUCGGGCAUUGGCUUCAGCCCAUUGCCUCUACUUAUGCUUGUUGCCCUUAUGUUGGUGCUCGGCCUCGGAGUCGCGGGGCUGUCGCUCCGAAAAGUGGAUCCCCGGGGUGCUGUUGAAGGCGGCCAGCCGGCAGGAAACCCGCUCACUCUCCGGGGCGGAACCUGUUCGGCGGUGCUCAGCGCGCGGUGCCAUCGUGUACCGCGAGAGAGCGGCGUGGAGGCGCUCGAGGUGCGAUGGGGGGUGGUGCGAGAAGGCGUGGGGAUGAAUGCCGGACACGCGACAUUCUCGGGACGGCCUGUGGGGGAUAUCAUGGUGGGGAGAGCGUACGCCUAA